CUGCCCCUUUAUACGGGGCAGCCACGGAGGUGGGGCUGAGCUCUUCCCGUUCCGUCAGCAUCCCAGGGUGCGGGACAGCGAGCGCUCAGGGUAGCGAGUAACGGGAUCGGCUUCGAGAUGGGGAGGAAGCUGGACCUCUCCAAGCUAACCGACGAAGAAGCCAAACAUGUUUGGGAAGUCGUUCAACGGGACUUUGAUCUGCGGAAAAAAGAGGAGGAACGGCUGGAGGAGCUGAAAUGCAAGAUUGACCAGGAGAGCAGCAAGAGAGAGUUCUUGACAAAUCAGUCCCACCUCAAUGAAACUCACUGUGUCCACUGCCUCCAACCCUUCAAGUUCCUGCUGAACAGCAAGAGGCAGUGCCUGGACUGCCAAUUCUACACCUGUAAGAACUGCAGCCGCUACAACAAGAAGGAACAAGGCUGGGUCUGUGAUCCCUGCCGCCUCUCCAGGAUCGUGAAGGUCGGGUCCCUGGAGUGGUACUACGAACACGUGCGAUCCCGUUUCAAGAGGUUUGGAAGUGCCAAAGUGCUGCAGUCCCUCUAUGGCAGGCUGCAGCCAGGGCAGGGGGUCAACUCUGCAUUUCUAGGUCUUCAUGACAGAGUUUACAGCCUGCCAGACAUUAACAGUGAGUGCCAGCUGCUCACCAGCUGUGAUGCUGGGGACGACAGUGACGAUGAAGACCAUGUCCUUCGUGGAGCUGAGGCAGAGCGGUACAGCAGAAUGUGCAAGACAAAGCGCCUGCUGUCUGUCCAUCCCUUUGAUUUUGAACUGGACUCGGAUUACUCUGCUCAGUCUCGCCGUCAGUCUGCGCAGCUCUCCCCGGCAGCCAGCAGCCCGGAUGCUUUCCAGUCCUUCACAGAUUUCCCCAACUCAGCCGAAGGUGCCUCCCAGGAAUCCAGGAUUGCAGAUGCAGAUCUAGUCUUCCAUCAUGUCCUGCAGGAACAGGGACCAGGCAUGAGCCCUCCGGAGCAGCACUUCAGCACACAGGUUCGGCUCACUGUCAAUUCACGGAGAAGGAGCCUGGAAAGAAAUCCAAAACCUGGUGGCUCCUGGAACGAGCCGUCCCAGUCCCGGUACUCCGCAGAUAUGGACACCUCUGAUGAGGAUGUGAAGGGAGCCCAGUUCCCUGCCUACCCACCCCAUCACACAAAACGCCGGAACAGAGCCUCCUCUCAGGAGAACAUCAGCCACUCUGGCAAUCAGAUUCAUGAGCUCAACACUCGCAUGUCUGCAAUCGAACGCAUUCUGAACCGCUUGGAGGAAAAAAUCCUGGUGCACUCUCACAAGUCUCCAGCCCCAGAGUCCCAAACUGAUCCCGAUGCCGAGGAAGAGGAGUUGAAGAAGAAGCUGGAGGAGUUAGCCAGCAACAUCAGUGACAAAGAAGUCUCUUCUGAAGAGGAGAAGCAUGAAGAAAAGAAAAGAGCAAAGAAACCAGAGAUGAGUUCCUCCAGCGAUGACAUGGCCAGAGAUGCUCAAAAGAGGUCGUCGGCUCAGGCUUUGAGCGAAAUCACGGCCAAAGUGCUGAGAGCCAUAAACGCCACGGAGAAAGCAGUGUGGGAGUCGUUGCACGGAGAGAGCCAGUGCAACGGUGGCUGUGCCCUCCCUGCAGGGCAGCUUCCCAGCCUGGGAGAUGGGAAAGAGGUGGCCGAAGCAUACCGUGAGCUUGAGGAAAAUGUGUACCUGACUGCUGGAAAGACCUACAGGCUUGAGAAGACCCUGAAGGAGCUUGAGGAAGGGGCUCAGCACAGCGGCACUACCGACUCAGAGCUGUCAGAGCUGGAGGACAAAGUGGCCUCGGCUGCUGCUCAGGUGCAGCAGGCAGAGAGCGAGAUAUCAGACAUCGAAUCCCGAAUUGCGGCUCUGUCUGCAGCGGGGCUGACGGUGAAGUCGGUGGAAAAGGCAAAGAAGAAGUCAAGUGGGCAGGCUGCCUGCCUCCACUCUCCCGGUCCUGCCAGCAGCAGUCCAGGGGAGUCUUUGGAUGACAUUAAAGCUGCUCCCCUUCCCUUGCAGGCAAUGCCCGGACUGCAGAGGUUCAGGAGGAGGUUCAACAGUCCACUGGAAAUCACGGGUUUUGAUGAUUCCUUUGACCGCAACUCUGUUUACCGUGGUUCCCUGACGCAGAGAAACCCCAACGGGAAGAACAGGAGAGUGGAGAGGCUCUUUGCGAAGCCUGUGAUGACCCACCUGUCCUGAGGAGAGGGGAACCUUCCUGCUACCGCAUUUCAGUGAUGAUACAAGACCUCAGCGCAAAGCCUCUCACCGCCUUCCCCGCAACACUUUCUCCUCCUUCUCCUAUGCCCUUCUCUCCCUGAAACCCUGGACAGAAACGAAGCCAAAGGCCAUGGGCAGGAGGUCUCACUGGGAGCUGUUGGGGAGAGGAGCAAGGCACUGGGGUGCAUUCACGUGGCCAGGGGCUUCCCUGGGAGGAUACAGGCAUGAGACCUUGGCUUUGGGAAGCUCUUGGGUACUGGGUCAACCAAAGGGACCCGAGGAGGAAGCUGGAUGUCAGCGUGGCAUUCAGCACAGGGACCAGGAGAAGUGGCACAACCCUCACUUGGCAAAAGCUGCCAGUGCCUGUCCUUGCUCUUUUCCAGGCUGGUGGUGAGCAGGGACAGGCACUGACAGUGGGGUGGAGGAUGCCCCUGGGGUACCCCAGGUAGAGCAGGGCCCCGGGAAUCCCAGUGCUGGGAUUUGGAUCGUGGUGCUGGUCCCAGCUCCCUGCCAAGUCCUUGGAAGCACUCCUUCCCUUCCCUGAGCAGCAAAGGAGGUUGAGAGCAGUGCUGGUUCCCUCCCAGUGAGCACUUGGCCAACAGAUCUUUGCACCAAGCCAUGCAAGCACCCACUGAGGCUUCUCGCCGCCGUGCCUGAAGUGAGUGUGACCAUCUGGGGACAUGAGUGAGGCGAGGCUUGCAGGAGGUGUUGGCAAGGAAGGUGGAAGAAAUGAUGGAGAGCUUGUUGGGUAUUGGUUUCCUUUUCCAGCUCUCAAAGAUACCUCCUCUCCAUGUGAGGUUAUAUCAGCAAGAUAUAUAGAAGAGCUCCAGCAAGCAGAGUGUAGGUGCUUUUCUGCUCUGCAGAGGGGUCAGCUCAUGCCAAGAUGCACUUUGUGGAUGAGCACGUCCCCUGUCCCUGAUGAUGGCAUUGUAGAAUCUGUUAGGACCACCCCAUCCUUUGGAGAAGCUGUGAUGACCUUCGGGAGCUGCAGUGGCCCUGGGCUCCUGCCAGGUGACAGUGGCAUUGGUAACACCCUCCCAGAUGCUCCAAGAUGUUUGUUUUCCUCCAAUAUUUAAUUCCCCACAUCCAUUAACCCCCGUGGAUCAGUGCCUGGCCCCAUAUCCAUGCCCAGGGUAUUGGGAUGGGAAGAAGGUUGGUUUCUCUUACAGGUCGCUUUGGAAGAGUUUUUUUGCUUGGUACCUGCUGGUCCCUAUCCUGUAUAGGCCCCACCUCCCUCCUUCCCUCCCUGCCUCUCUCCUUCCACAGUGGAUGAUGGGAGGAGGAUCGCUUGCAGCCAGAGUGGGGAUGUCAGACCAAUGCUGACAGUUUCCCAUCAAUGGCCACUCAGGCUGGACCCUUUAGGCAAAUCCUGUGCAUCUGAGCUAAAACCACUUUAAUUAUGAGCAGUAGGAUGAAUUAUCAUGCAAGUAACACAUACAUUGGCUUUGUCUAGAAACUGCUAACUGCCUAGAAAUUGGUCCUGUGGUCAUCCCAGAGCAGUCUUGUAAGUCCAUAGUCUGGGCCUCCCAGAUGGAAACAAAACCAGUUUCUUAAUUUAAAAUUAAAUCCUUCUGGCCUGACGCUCAAAAGGGUAAGUGCAAAUCUUUGCUGUGGCAGAAACUUUCCCAGACACCGUGGCAUUAAUGGCUACAUUUCUAGCUGCUCUGCUGGCCUCGGUGCUGGGAUGUCAGCUCCUUGCUGGCAGAAGGGAGCUCCACCAAGACCUGGGGGGUUUGCACCCAGCCUUCUGGUGUCAGGGCUCAGCCUUUUCCCCAACUCCAUCUCUUGCUGUGUCUGGUUUCAGCCAUAACUCAAGUCCUUCCAUGCUUGACCCUGUAAAGAAAUCCUCACGGUGAGCUUCAGCAGUGCAAACUAAGGCAUCGUUCAGGCUGUAGUCAUCCACAUUGUUCUCUGCUGGUUUUCUGACCCAUCUUUCUGGCUAGAGAUUCUAUAUAUGUAUACUAAAUCAUGCAAUAAAGGCAGUUUUGUGUCCAGAACCAUC